GUUAGGAUUAGGAGCUGUAUAUGUCAGUAAAUUAACAAGACAGGAGGGGACCUACACUACAGGUAUACUAGUAUCCUUGGCCUUGGCUGCAGCUGCAGCUGCAACCUCCUCCUACCUUGGUUUCUCUAUCACCUCCUCUGGUCCGUCUGGUCCCCCUGCUUGCCAUGCCAACCUCAUCAACGUUUCUUAACUCUAGCAGCUAGCCAGUAGCCACACCUCCCUCUGCUCUAGCUACAAUCCUCCACAGUGUCGCCAUUAGCUGCCUAAGCUGCUCACCUAGUAGUGUGUAGUUUGUGCACAUCAGUACAUGUGCUUAGUUAGUUCAUCCCUGACCUAACGAACAAGAAAGACUCGAGCUUUCGUCCCAAAGGGAAUCGGCCGGCAUGGAUAGAUAAUCAGCCAGUCACAUCAAACUCAAAGGAAGUUGGUUGCUAGCUAGCUAGGAGUAGGAGGAGGUUGUUGGUUUCAGCAAUCCUGAGGGUACGCCGGCCGGAGGCGGCGUUGGGUUGUAUUGUAUGUAUGGAGAGCCAGCGGGUGGUGGUGGUCGUGGAGGACGCGGCCGCCGCGCGGUCGGCGCUGCAGUGGGCCGUCGGCAACUUCAUCCGCAGCAGCGACUCCAUCACGCUGCUCCACGUCUGCCCGCCGGCGCGGUCGCGCCGGAAGCGCCGCCGCCUCCGCCUCGGCGGAUUCCAGCUCGCGCUCGCCUUCAAGGACCUCUGCAACGGCAUCGCCGAGGCCAAGGUGGAGAUCGUGGUGACGGAGGGGGAGCUCGGGGAGACGGUGGUGGCCACGGUGAACAAGCUCGGCGCCACCACGCUCGUCGUCGGCCUCCACGACAAGAGCUUCCUCUACAGGGCGCCGAGCCAGUACAGCAGAGUCCGGAGCCUGGGCUGCAGGGUGCUCGCCGUCCGGCAGCACGCCACGGCGCGCGGCGGCUUCUUGAACGCCGAGCUCACCCAGAUCGAGACCGUCAGUUUGCACAUACCACCGCCGAAGAUCCCGUUCCCGAUGUUCACGCUUCCCCUUGGCGUGAUAUGGAGAAGAUCGAAGCGGAGAAAGUGAUGCCUGCCGCUGCGGCGGUGCGAUUGCGAACAAGACGACGACGACGGAGCUCCUCUGUUUCUGUCGGGGGGAACAGGGCGGGCAGGCUGAUGCAGUCUGAGCUGAGCUGAUCCUGUCCGUCUCCUGACUCGUUGAGGAUACGGGUAGUAGAUACAGAUACACUAUAGGGAUGCAUACAAUACACAUCAAGAUUCAAGGGGACAUCAGAUCUGCGUAUUGACAUAAUUGAAAUUUGUAAUGACAGCGGCAGGCACAGAAUGUAGAGAGAUCUGGGUAUAUACUCCAACUCCGACCUGUACUUGUAUUAGUGAAUCGACAGGUUGGUCUUGGUUUCCUGAAAACUAGACGAGUCAUUUUGUUUUUUGAAACGAACAAUGAGCAAAAUUAGAGGACGACUGGAUCUGAUGUUAAGUUUGUACUAUUCUCACCUCGCCUUGUUCGUUUGGCUGAGAAGCCAUGACAGAAAGUAUUGUUGGCUGAUUUACUGUGAGAGUGAACAGGCCGCUAAGUCCCUGA